CACACCAACUACCAUAAAAGACACAAAACACAAGACCCAAUUCAAACCAUCUACUACAAUAGUACUGGUAAUUGCUAUGUUUCAACUUCACUUUAUUCAACAUUGAACUGUUUUUCCCUAUCUCUCUGCCCAUACCAUGGUGUCUGAUUUCAAGAAUUCUUCAAUUCCGCGCCAAUCUUCAUACAAUUCCCUCUAUCUCAAUCCCCUCACUGACCUCAAACACAACCGUAGCUCCAGUGAUGGCGGCGUUGCUCUCGGCGCCCGUAUGUGCCAAAACCCCGUUACCGUCUUUGAUGACAAAGAAAAUGCAGUACCCAACAAUGGCUUUUGUGCUGUGGCCAAACAGAUCCCUAAUGGGAAGGCUUAUGUGAGGGAUAGGGCAUUGAAGCCAUCUUCUCUGCAGCUAUGUAUGCAAAUGAAUGAGCCUGAUUCGAAUUUUGGGUCGAAGAUUUGGGACCCGGUUGGCUCGGAUAAUACGGGUUCGGUUAAUAUUUGGGAUUAUUCGGAUUCAGAGGCUGCUCCUGCUUCAUCUUGGUCUACAUUGCCUAACAGGUCAUUGUUGUGUAGACCUUUGCCAGUGGACAUUGGGAGGUGUACUUGUGUGAUAGUGAAAGAAGCAUUGCCAGAAGGACUAGAUGGGGGGAAUCUCUACUCAUUAUAUACCAAUGUAAGGUCUUUUCUACCCCUCAUAUGGUGAUUUUAUUGGAUUUCU